GUGCAGCUUCUGUGAGCUUCUGUUCCUCCCUUGGCUGCACACGCUGCGUGUUGCCCUUACUGCCGAGUGAGGAACGAAGCACGAAAGGCUACGAAUUUGGCCGCAGAAGCUCUUCUCAUAAGAAUCUUGGUUCCCCGGAGUCCUUGACUAUCCCAAGCGGCGUUUCUUAGUUCAAAUACCGCUGCUGUUAGCGAUCCUGCAUCACCCACCUCUCGUUACUGUCACAUUCUCUAGAGGGCAAUCAUGGCCGAUAACCGCGUGCUACAGCCGGGGACCAUCAACGCGAAUGUGGAGAAGACGGUUUAUGCGGUGCGCGGAGAGCUCUACCUGAGGGCGGCGCAACUUCAGGCAGAGGGGAAGGAGAUCAUAUUUACGAAUGUCGGCAAUCCCCAUGCCCUCGGACAGCUGCCGCUCACGUUCCCGCGACAGGUGAUGGCGCUGCUGCAGGCGCCGUUCCUCAUGGACCACCCGGACGUGGGCCGCAUGUUUCCCGCUGACGCCAUUGCACGCGCUAAGAAGUACCUCGCUUACACGUCGGGCGGCGUGGGCGCGUACAGCGACUCGCGGGGGCUCCCCGGGAUAAGGAAGGAGGUUGCGGAGUUUAUCCAAAGGAGAGAUGGAUAUCCCAGCGACCCCGAGCACAUCUUCUUAACCGAUGGCGCCAGCAAGGCCGUGGCGCAGUUCCUCAACGUGGUGAUCCGCGACGAGAGGGACGGCAUUCUUUGUCCUAUCCCGCAGUACCCGCUCUACUCCGCCACCAUCCAGCUGCUGGGCGGCACGCUUGUCCCGUACCUGCUGGACGAGGAGAAGGGGUGGGCGCUGGACGUGGAGGGGGUGAAGAAGGCGUGCCGGGACGCCAAGAGGCGGGGAAUCAAUGUGCGCGCCCUUGUAUUUAUCAACCCCGGCAACCCCACCGGGCAGUGCCUAUCGGAGGACAAUCUCAAGGAGCUCGUGAGCGUGUGCCUGCAAGAGAGGCUCGUUCUUAUGGCGGACGAAGUGUACCAGGAGAACAUAUACCAGGACGAGCGGCCAUUCAUAAGCUCGAAGAAGGUCCUCAUGGACAUGGGCCCGUCCGUUUCCUCCUCGCUCGAGCUCGUCUCCUUCCACACUGUUUCCAAGGGGCCGUUCGGGGAGUGCGGGCAGCGGGGCGGGUACAUGGAGCUGACCAACAUCCACCCGGCAGUAGUCGAGGAGCUCUACAAGAUGUCGUCUAUUAGCCUCAGCCCCAAUGUCAAUGGGCAACUCAUGAUGGGCUUGAUGGUCAACCCCCCAGAGCACGGCGAUCCGUCCUACCCACGAUACACAGCAGAGAGGAAGGCAAUCCUUGACUCGCUGAGGAGGAGGGCCCACGCCAUGACUGACGGCUUCAACACAUGCCAAGGCGUGGAGUGCAAUUUCACAGAAGGUGCAAUGUACUCGUUCCCCCGCGUGUACCUCCCCCCUGCUGCCAUUGCGGCGGCGAAGGCAGCCGGCAAGGCGCCCGAUGUGUUCUACUGUCUGCGGCUGGUGGAAGCUACUGGCAUCUCCACCGUGCCUGGAUCUGGGUUCGGACAGAAGGAGGGCACCUUCCAUCUGCGCACAACUAUCCUGCCGGCCGAGUCCAAGAUGCCAGAGAUCAUGCGCAGUUUCCAGAGAUUCCAUUCCGAUUUCAUGAAGAAAUACGGCGGCAAAGCCAAGCUCUAGAUAUAUUUGUGCCUAGGCCCUGGUACAUAACUUAUGGCUGGCAUGUGUUCCAUCUCUCUCAAAUUUUUGGUUUCCUUUCAAUGUAGCUGAGCUGACAUCUUGUUCAUUCUGGUAUAUCAUUUGGCGCCCCCCUACUUUCCUCUUCUGGCUAAACUGAGUUACUGUUGGCAUCCAUAGGGUACUCAUGCUUUCGUCUGGCAUUCACAUGUUAUGCU